UAAUUUUCCACAUUUAUUGUUUUACUUUUCUUUCUCUCUCUCUAUAUCGCAAACUCAAACAAACGCCUUUCUCUCACCUCCUCCAAUGGCCGACCAGCUCACUGAUGAUCAGAUCGCCGAGUUCAAGGAGGCCUUCAGCCUCUUCGAUAAGGAUGGCGAUGGUUGUAUUACUACCAAGGAACUCGGAACUGUAAUGAGGUCACUUGGGCAAAACCCAACUGAGGCAGAGCUACAAGACAUGAUCAAUGAAGUUGAUGCUGAUGGCAAUGGUACCAUUGAUUUCCCUGAAUUCCUCAACCUGAUGGCCCGUAAGAUGAAAGACACUGAUUCAGAGGAGGAACUUAAGGAAGCCUUUCGUGUGUUUGACAAGGAUCAGAACGGUUUUAUUUCUGCUGCUGAGCUCCGUCAUGUUAUGACAAAUCUUGGUGAGAAGUUGACAGACGAAGAAGUUGAUGAGAUGAUUCGUGAAGCCGAUGUUGAUGGUGAUGGGCAGAUCAACUACGAGGAGUUUGUCAAAGUUAUGAUGGCCAAGUGAGGACCAAUCAACCAUAACCGAAAUUUUAAAAGCGUAUAAAAAAGAAAAGGGACAGGGCAGAUAAGUUUUGAUGAGGAUUCUAUUUCCAUUAGGGUCGUUAGUUUUUGCUGGUCGAGUGUCUAUUUUCUUGUUUGCUUUAAUUGGUACUGCUCCUUAUUAGUUUCCUACUUGUUUGUUCUGUCCCUUGUUUCAGUAGUUUGGGUUAGCUGUUUCUUACCAUGCAUUGUUACUUCACUUUUCAUCUUUUUUUGGUUAUUAUUAUGAACCUAGAACUAUUGGAUGCAAUUUGUGUUUGGUUAAUAUGCUGUUAAUAUUUACAUCCUUUGGCAUAUGGUUUUGGAUUUAA